AUGACCUCACAAGUUGAGGCUGACCAUCAGAUCUCUUUCUCAGCAGCUGAUACUCGCGGCAUCAGCAUGCCGCACAAUGAUCCACUCAUUGAUAUUGGGAUUGGCGAAUGCCAGGUCACGAAGGUUCUCGUCGACACCGGCAGUUCGGUAGACCUUAUCUUUCGGGAUACGCUCGACAAGAUGGGAAUCGACUUACGCGACAUGAAGCCUUCUUCACGCACUCUCACCGGGUUCAAUGGUUCCUCGGAACAGAUGAUCGGGACAAUACGUCACCCAAUUUACGCAGGGGACGUAACCCGAACCGUUAAGUUCUCCGUCAUUCGGGCAAAAGCGCCUUACAACGCUAUCCUCGGCACCCCAUGGUUGCACUCCAUGAAAGCCAUUCCCUCGACUUAUCACCAGUGUAUUAAAUUCCCUGGGAAGGACGGAACAACACAGACGAUCCGUGGAGACCAGCGAGCCGCGAGGAAGCUGCUUAUCGCCGCAGUCAAGCUACAACAGUCAACUUCUCUCGUCAACUCAGUCGCCAAGCCAAUUCAUAAGGUCUUUCCCCAGAAGGAGGAAAUUCGGGAAGUCCCCAUUGAUGAAACUGACCCGUCAAAGGUUGUGCGCGUCGGAGCCUUUCUCUCCGACGAAAUGCAAUCACAAAUCAUCUCCUUCCUCAAAACGAACGCUUCGACUUUCGCAUGGACAACUUCUGAUAUGAAGGGAAUAGACCCGGCGGUGACCUUUCACGAGUCGAACGUUGACCUGACGUUCAAGCCUAUCCGACAAAAAAGACGGAAGCUCGGACCAGAGUGGUCUAAAGCUGUGAACGAGGAGGUCGACAGGCUUCUCGACGCAGGCUUCAUCACAGAGGUACAGUAUCCGGAAUGGCUGGCCAAUCCCGUCGUGGUAAAGAAAAAGAACGGGAAGUGGCGCAUUUGCGUCGACUUCACCGAUCUAAGCAAAGCAUGUCCCAAGGACAGCUACCCACUCCCUCACAUCGAUCGCUUGGUAGAAUCAACGGCCAGUAGCGAACUCUUAACAUUUAUGGACGCCUUCUCGGGGUACAACCAAAUCCUGAUGCACCCGGACGAUCGCGAGAAGACGGGCUUCAUAACAGAUAGGGGGACAUACUGCUACAAAGUCAUUCCUUUCAGCUUGAAGAACACAGGGAAAACUUACCAGCGUCUAGUCAACCGAAUGAUCGCUGAUAAGCUUGGCGACACUAUGGAAGUUUACAUCGACGACAUGCUGGUCAAAUCACUUCAUUCCGAGAAUCACCUCGACCAUCUGCAAGACUGUUUCAAAACGCUAAAUAAGUAUGGGAUGAAGUUCAACCCGGCGAAGCAGUGCCACGAGCUUGGAACUCGAAGCACCUUCGACGUUUCCACAACUAAACAAACACCAAAGAGAGCGAAUGACUCCCCAGUCACAUUCACUCGUCUAAAAAAAGAAGAAAAAACAGAGUAA